UUACGUUAUGCAUUAUUAUAAAUUAGAUGGCAGUUCACAUUUAACCAUAAACAUAGAUUUACACAGCGAGUUUUAAUCGCAUUUGAUAUAUAAGGUUUAUACGAUAUGGAAACUUAAUUAUUUGCUGGCAGUAGAUGAACACUUUGUGAAAAGCUGAAAACAAUUAAUUUGUAUUUUAUAGGAAAGGUAAUCAUGGGGUGGAAGCCCAAACAGUUAACUCUAUGUGUCCUGUGUCUGCUGAUUACAAGGACAUGUGGGGACAGUAUGAUGGACAUGCCAUUCCUGGAGGACGUCGGCGGAGGAGGAUUCCAGGGACCAUCACCUUUAAAUUUGUUCAACACAUAUAAUUUCGGCGGAGCUAGAACUAUUUCAGAUAUUUUUGCGAAUCGACCUCCUAACGCAUCUUUACCAAAAUUUAACAGACCACCAAUGACUGCAAAUGCAUUCAACACACUACCGCAGCUUCCCAUUAGAAUGGUGAGCUUCCCAACAAACAAGUCCCUUAUUGGACCAGCAAUGGUACCGGGUGGGGAUGGCCGAGCAUACCGGGGUUUUGUGGCUGUCCCUCCUGGCUCACCACUGGAAUUCCUGAAAACACCUACAUGGGCACUUCAAAAGUCACCCACGGCUCCGAGUGCCCUUGGCGUGGCGAUAAAGGGCACCGUUAUGGGUAUGGCCCCCAAUGGAGGUCCUCAAACAGACCCUGUGCAUCAACUAUCAUCCAACCAUCUCUUUGUACCAGUCCCCGUUGGGCAGUCUGGACCAAUAAAAGGAGAUGCUCCCCCGACAAAGCCUGUUGCAGACAUCCUGAUUGUCAUUGACGCUUCUAAAAACAUGGGGCAUAUCGAUGAGAAGGGAGUGGUUGUAUGGAAUCCAUCGAUCGUCGAUUUCUUAAAUAAAUUUAUUGCAACUACACCAAUGGGUCCGGAAGGGAACAGAAUAGGCAUCGUAUCUGUGAGCUUUGGCAUUGAUGAUAUGAUUGCGCUUACGUUCGAUAAGGAAUCUCUUGUCAGGUCCCUUGGCGAACUACGACCGUUGUUUCGAGGUGGAUGCACUGAGAAGGGAAUUCGAACAGCAAGCAGCCUCUUUUACCAGUACGGCCGGCAAACAGCCGUCAAACGCAUUGUUCUUUUGACCGAUGAGGCUUCAACGUGUCCCUAUAGAAAUAUGGCUGAAAUAUUGUACGCAAGGAAAUGCGGAAUUGAUAUUAUCCAUGUGGGGUUCGGGACGACUAAGAACAUUUCAGGACCAAUCGACGAAGCUCACAGGUCUCAAUGGAUGGUGCAGGGGAUGCAGAUGCUUCCAGACAUUGUCCAUCCAGUAGCAAAAAGAGCUUACAUCGCCCCUAUUCACGGUGGCUGGUCUACAUGGUCUGAUUGGAACAGGUGUUCUGCUGACGCCGGAUGCAGCAUCGGCUACCAGAUGCACUUCCGGCUGUGCGACAACCCGAAACCUAUGUUUGGCGGCCGUAACUGCGAGGGGUUUGCUGCAGAGACCCGGAUGUGCCAUAUGAGGCCAUGUAUCGACCUGUACACGGGCCACUGGACGCGGUGGACGGAGUUUACACGCUGCUCGUCACCAUGCGGGCUGGGCACCCAGAGUCGCCAACGCACCUGUAUCACCAUUGACGGCUACCCCAGCGCAAAUUGCAAGGGACCUUACGUGGAACGCGUUGACUGCCUCGUCAGGGAAUGCCCACGGGACGGUGAGUGGUCAGUUUGGUCCACGUAUAGCCGGUGCUCUCAGUCAUGUGGAUCUGGGAUUCAAAUGCGAGCCCGCCAAUGUGACGCUCCCUCCCCUGCUAAUGGAGGAAAACCCUGCGCAGGACCUGCUGUUGAAGAGAACAUUUGCGACACAGGACUGCCCUGUCCUAUACACGGAGAAUUUGGGCCUUGGUCUGAAUAUGGUAUCUGUGAGGGAAAUUGUGGACUUGGAAAGGCCUGGCGGUUUAGAAAGUGUGACGGUCCUGCUCCACAAUACGGUGGCAAUCCAUGCUUAGGACCUUUAGAAAUGUUUAAACCGUGUGAUACGGGAAUACCAUGCGCAAUUCAUGGGCAAUGGGGCGAUUGGAGUCCCUACUCCUUUUGUACAGCAACGUGUGGUGUUGGAAUUAAAACGCGCGUCAGACAGUGUGACAACCCACCGCCUCAGUUUGGAGGUUUGCUUUGUGACGGACCAGACUUUGAAGAGAUAAAAUGUGAAACUGAAGUCCCUUGUCCAAUAAAUGGCCAGUGGUCCAUAUGGUCUGAGUAUCAGUCAUGUUCUACACAGUGUGGAAUUGGUUUCACACAAAGAAAACGCAUUUGUAAUAACCCCUCGCCAAUGUACGGCGGAUUAGAAUGUAUUGGUGCUGCAGUAGAAGAAAGAGAAUGCGAUACAAAGGUUAUAUGCCCUGUUGAUGGCAAUUGGGGUCCAUGGAAUGCUUUUUCUAAAUGUUCCGUGGACUGUGGUGUUGGAAUUAUGUCUCGGGAACGUUCUUGUAAUAACCCAUCACCAAUGAACGGAGGUUCGUUCUGUAUUGGACUAAGCAUAGAGCAGCGAGAAUGUGUUGCCGAAAAGAAGUGCGUUGUACACGGCUACUGGUCAAACUGGUUGCCCUGGGGUGAUUGCUCAGCAGCUUGUGGCACCGGGUUUCGUCAGAGGCAUCGCUUGUGUAACAAUCCUGUCCCAUUGAACGGAGGUCUGUCUUGCGAUGGAAGUCCUAUUCAGGAAGACGAGUGUGACACUCGCGUACCUUGCCCUAUUGACGGUGGCUGGUCAAAAUGGUCGGAACCUCUUCCAUGUUCGGUCUCCUGUGGAAUUGGAACAACUAAACGAACACGGCUCUGUAACUCCCCAGAACCAAUGUUCGGCGGAACAGGUUGUUUCGGACCUGAUACGGAAGUAUUCGAAUGUGACUCACAUGUCCCAUGUUCGGUCCAUGGUGGAUGGUCGCCUUGGUCGGAUUGGUCGAUUUGCGAUGGGAAAUGCGGUGUAUCCAUUAAGAGACGCAGUCGAGCAUGUGAUAAUCCACGCCCUGCUUUUGGUGGAAAUCUCUGUUUAGGAAUGGCGCUAGAAGAAAUACAAUGCGAUACUGGAAUUCCUUGUCCUAUAAACGGGGGUUGGUCGGAGUGGUUAGAUUGGUCUCCCUGCUCGGAAAAUUGUGGAUAUGGUACUUCUUUCAGGAAAAGAUUUUGUGACGCUCCUGUCCCUCAAUUUGGAGGAUUGGCGUGUGACGGUCCCGAUAUCCAGGAGUUAAAAUGUGACACUAAAAAACCAUGUCCAGUAGAUGGAAAUUGGACACCUUGGACUGAUUUAUCUUCUUGUUCAGUUUCAUGUGGCAUGGGAGUAAUGCAAAGGGAGCGAUCGUGUGACAACCCACGACCCAAAUAUGGAGGACUAAUGUGCAGCGGAUAUGGUUUGGAAGAGCUUCCUUGUGAUACGCUUAUUUCUUGUCCGAUCGACGGUAACUGGGGACCUUGGGAGCCGUACUCAGAAUGUUCAGCACAAUGUGGUUCCGGUCUUAAAGUGAGAAUUCGCAACUGUAAUUCUCCUAUACCACAAUAUGGAGGAAUGCCAUGCGAAGGAGUCGCGCAUGAAGAAGUUCCUUGUGACACGGGUAAAUUUUGUGCACAAGACGGUGCAUGGAGUCCUUGGAGUGAAUAUACACCAUGUAACGUGAACUGUGGUGUUGGUAUUAUCAGCAGAGUACGCAAAUGCGACAAUCCUCCACAAUUGUACGGUGGAAAGCCGUGUGUGGGAUUUGAUUUUGAAGAAAGCACGUGUGACACAGGCGUGUUUUGUCCGGUUGAUGGUAAUUGGGGACCUUGGAGUGAAUAUACACCCUGUUCAGUUGAUUGUGGUCUAGGUACACAAAUAAGAAGCCGUGAAUGCAAUAACCCUCCACCAAAAUACGGCGGCGGGUUUUGUCCUGGAAAUCCACUCGAAAAAAUAGAAUGUGAUAUGGGGGUUCUCUGUCCCAUCGACGGUGGAUGGUCAGAGUGGUCGAUGUUCGGUGAAUGUGAUGCAACGUGUGGCAUGGGCAUGCAACGUAAAGUUAGGGUUUGUACAAAUCCAUUGCCUAUGUUCGGUGGUAAGGAUUGUUCUGGGGAAUCGUUUAUAGAACGACCGUGCGAUACUUACAACCCAUGUCCCAUGGAUGGUGGGUACACUGAAUGGUCAAGUUGGACUGCUUGUUCUGUCGAUUGUGGAAUUGGUAUGUCCCAAAGAAAACGUGACUGUUCAAAUCCCCCACCAAGGUAUGGCGGAUUACCUUGUAUCGGAAAAUCGACGGAAAUUAUCGACUGUGAUACCGGAAUCCACUGUCCAAUACAUGGCGGAUGGAGCGACUGGUCCCAAUAUGGCGAAUGUUCAGUACCGUGCGGAAUUGGAAUCGCACAGAGAUCACGAGUUUGCAACAAUCCUAUUCCACAGUAUGGAGGAAAUCUCUGUAUCGGUCCAGAUACAGACGGUGUUGAAUGUGAUACAAAAACCCACUGCCCUAUAGAUGGAGGAUUCUCACCUUGGUCACAAUGGAGCGUAUGUAAAGCUGACUGCGGCGAAGGCCUACAGAUUAGAGAACGUUAUUGCAACUCACCGGAUCCGCAGUUUGGUGGUGUUCCUUGUAAAGGUAUAACAAUAGAGGAAAGAUCAUGUGAUACAGGAGUGUUUUGUCAGCGUCCUGGCGAAUGGGGUAAUUGGUCUCCUUUUACCAAAUGCUCACACGAAUGUGGAGUAGGUGUCAUAGAAAGGACACGUCUCUGCGAUAAUCCGCCUCCUAUGUAUGGAGGCAAAUAUUGCAUUGGACCGGAUCUCGACUCACAACCAUGCGAUACAGGAAUAUAUUGUCCAAUAGAUGGUUUCUGGAGUAUGUGGUCUCCAUGGACGUCAUGCUCAGUAAGCUGCUCAGUUGGAGUUCAAGUGCGAGAACGCCAUUGUGACAACCCUCCCGCACAACAUGGUGGACUACCAUGCAAAGGUGAGCCGCUGCAAGAAAAGAUAUGUAAUUCAAAUGCUCACUGUCCAGUUCAUGGUCAAUGGAGUUUCUGGUCAGACUGGUUGCCGUGUGAUGUGGAAUGUGGCAAAGGAAUGCAUUCAAGAACUCGCACUUGCACUAAUCCCCAUACACAGUAUGGCGGUUUGCCUUGUGAGGGACCUGAUGUUGACACGACAGUAUGCGACACUGGAAGACCCUGUCCUAUACCUGGAAACUGGAGUCCUUGGAACAUGUGGAGCAUGUGUACAGCAACAUGUGGGUCUGGUCUUCAACAACGAAUAAGAGAGUGUUCCAAUCCCGCUCCAAUGAACGACGGUGCAAUGUGCCCGGGAUUUAAUGAAGAAAUAAGAGAGUGUAAAGCCGAUAUUGCUUGCCAUAUACAUGGCAACUGGUCGCCAUGGACACAGUGGACACCUUGUUCUGAGACAUGUGGGCUUGGCUUUCAAGGAAGAACCCGAUCAUGCACUAAUCCUGCUCCUCAGUUUGGUGGGACAUUUUGUGAAGGUAUCGAUACUGAAAAAUCCGAAUGCGCAACAGGAGUUCCAUGUCCGAUCGAUGGUAACUGGUCUCCGUGGACAGAGUACGGUGCAUGUGACGUUCCAUGCGGAAUUGGAAGUCAUGUAAGAACAAGGGUGUGUAAUAAUCCACCACAAGCGUACGGAGGUCAAAUUUGCGUCGGAGAAGCAAUGGAAAUAGGUUCCUGCGACACAGGAAUAUUCUGCCCAAUCAACGGAGGGUGGUCACUGUGGUCAUCUUUCGGUGUCUGCAAUGGUGUCUGUGGAUAUGGGUUUCAAGAAAGAAAGCGAACAUGCGACAACCCGAAACCAAUGUAUGGUGGAAUAAUAUGUGACGGUCGUGAUAUUGAUGUUCUAGAAUGUGACACUGAAGUACCUUGCCCUGUAGACGGUGGGUGGUCAACGUGGUACAAGUGGAGUCCGUGUUCUUCUAAAUGCGGACUAGGCAAACAUGAAAGACAUCGAGAAUGUAAUAGUCCGAAAGCAUUAUAUGGAGGUAAACCGUGCGCUGGUUUCAGCAAGGAAAUAGGAGACUGUGAUUCUGGAGUACACUGCCCUGUCGACGGCGGAUGGACUCAUUGGUCACCGCCAACAGAAUGCUCUGCAUCUUGUGGUAAAGGAUUGCAGACGAUGUAUCGAGAAUGUUCAGAUCCAAAACCUCAGUACAAUGGACGAUUAUGUCAAGGAGCGGACAAGGAUAUCAUUGAAUGCGAUACUGGCAUACCUUGUCCGCAGAAUGGAAACUGGGGACCUUGGGGAAAGUUUGAGACAUGUAAUGUGAAGUGUGGAGUCGGACUUCACAUGCGAACUAGAGUGUGUGAUAAUCCACCGCCAAUGAAUGGUGGAUUAGAUUGUGUUGGAACGAAUAUGCAGGAGUCAAAAUGUCAUACUAAUAUUGAGUGUACAGUUAACGGCGGUUGGUCGUUUUGGUCGCCUUGGAGUGACUGCAAAGCAAAGUGUGGACUUGGACAGCAAAUUCGGGUUCGUGAAUGUAAUAGUCCGUCCCCUAUAAACGGAGGGGUUUUAUGUGAUGGUCCAGACUCAGAAGUUAAAGAAUGUGACACAGGUCACCCUUGCACUAUUCCUGGUGGAUGGGCGCCGUGGGGAGAGUGGCAGAUAUGUGAUGCAUCGUGUGGUUCUGGCGUUCAGAGCCGCUUCCGUGACUGUUCUGCACCGGCACCGCAAUAUGGUGGUCCACCUUGCGCUGGACAGCCUGCAGAAUCGAGAGAAUGCAUUACAGGUAUACCAUGUCCUAUAGAUGGUCACUGGACAGUAUGGACUGUUUGGACGAGCUGCUCAGACACUUGUGGAAUGGGUGUGAGGAAACGUGAACGAUUUUGUGACGACCCACCACCGCAGUUUGGCGGCCAACCUUGUAUUGGGAUAUUUGUGGACACUGAAAAAUGCGAUGCUGGAGUUCCUUGUGCUAUUCCUGGUUCUUGGUCACAUUGGGCGCCAUGGCAACAUUGUUCGGCGGAUUGCAAUGUAGGCGUUCAGAUCAGAAAGAGGUUUUGUGAUAAUCCAGCACCGCAGUUUGAUGGUCCAGAGUGCCCUGGACCGUCUGAAGAGAUACGUGACUGUGACACCGGUGUUAAAUGCCCGGAACCAGGUAAUUGGGGAUUUUGGACUUCUUGGUCUAAAUGUUCAGUUGAAUGUGGAGCUGGAAUACAAAAUAGAUACCGAAAAUGCGACAACCCAACGCCAAUAAAUGGUGGAAUGCCUUGCAAAGGCUUUGCAGAAGAGGUCAAAGAAUGUGACACAAAAAUAAUGUGUCCAAUAAAUGGAAAUUGGUCACCUUGGUCGACGUUUGGUGAGUGUUCAGUUAUAUGUGGUAUAGGUGUUCAAAGCCGGCGGCGAAUUUGUGACAAUCCUCCAAAUCAGUUUGGAGGUUUCCCGUGUAAAGGGCAUGAAGAAGAGACUGUGUCUUGUGAUACCGGAAUGAACUGUCCUAUAGACGGACAGUGGGGUCCAUGGUUUGCGUGGUCUAAAUGUUCUCAGACGUGUGGCAUUGGGGAAAUUGAGCGCAGAAGGGAAUGUACCAAUCCCAAGCCGCAGUAUGGAGGAAAGACAUGCAUUGGACCUGACAUGGAUAUCGGACAGUGUGAUACUAAUAUACCUUGUGCAAUAAAUGGAAACUGGGGUCCGUGGUCUGAUUUCACCAAAUGUUCAUCCAUGUGUGGAAUUGGAAAUCAACAAAGACAGAGAGUUUGCAAUAACCCACCACCUCAGUUUGGAGGAAUGUUAUGUGAUGGGAUGAAGAGUCAAACCGAAAUUACAGAUUGUGAUACAGGAAUACCUUGCAAAAUAGACGGGAAUUGGGGAAUAUGGGGAAAAUGGGAGAAUUGUCCUGUAAAAUGCGGUGUUGGCAUUACCAUUCGUAAAAGAAUGUGUGAUUCACCGCCUCCAAAGUUCGGUGGAAUGCCUUGUGAAGGAUUUGAUUUUGAGGAACAAAAAUGUGACACAAUGAAGGCAUGCGUACAACAUGGAGGUUGGACCUUCUGGUCACAAUGGACGAAAUGCUCUGCGUCAUGCGGUUUGGGCAUCAUGACUCGUUAUAGAGAUUGUGACAGUCCCAAACCAUUAAAUGGUGGAAAUCUUUGCCAGGGUCUGGCAAGUGAAACAAUGGAAUGCGAUAUGGGAGUACCAUGCCCAGUUCAUGGAAAUUGGGGGCCGUGGUAUGAAUGGAGUAAAUGCUCUGUAAAUUGCGGUGUUGGUGCAAAGGAAAGAACGAGAGACUGUAAUAAUCCGGCACCACAGUUUGGUGGGUUUCCAUGCAAAGGAAAGAUGACAGACGUAGUCGAAUGCGAUACUCAUACCCCUUGUCCUAUUAAUGGUGGUUGGACACUUUGGUCACCAUGGGCAGGGUGUUCAGCUACGUGCGGAGUGGGAAUGAAAGGACGAACACGUGAAUGCUCAUACCCACCACCCGCCUUCGGUGGAUUCCCAUGUGAAGGACCCAAUGAAGAACUUUUGGCAUGCGACUCAGGGGUUCAAUGUCCUAUACAUGGUGGUUGGAGUACAUGGUCAGAUUCGUCGACGUGUGUAGGAAAAUGUGGAUUUGGAGAACAGAAAAGAAUUCGAGUGUGCGACUCACCUCUACCACAGUAUGGUGGAAUGGAAUGUGAAGGUCCGGCAGUUGAAAUAGUUAAAUGCGAUACUGGACGGCCAUGCUCUAUACCGGGCGGAUGGACUUUCUGGAGUGAAUGGACGCAAUGUGAUGCAAAAUGUGGUGUUGGCAUAAGCGAACGAUGGCGACGUUGUACCAACCCGCCGCCUCAAAAUGGAGGUGAAGAUUGUACGGGUCCUCAUUUAGAAAUUGUUGACUGUGAUACUGGAGUCCCGUGUGCUGUUGACGGAAACUGGUCUCCAUGGUCUGAUUGGUCAAAAUGCUCAGAAGAAUGCGGUGUGGGACAGCAAAUAAGAUUCCGAACCUGCAGUAAUCCCAGACCGUCACUUGGAGGAAAACUGUGUAGUGGCAUGCCAGAAGAAUCGCGGGAAUGCAAAUCUGGAAAACAUUGUUCAAUAAAUGGUAACUGGGCCCCUUGGUCUGAUUGGACAAUGUGUGAUAAGAAAUGUGGCAAAGGCUACCAAGAACGGUUUCGAACAUGUUCCGAUCCAAAACCAAUGUACGGCGGACGAAUUUGCUUUGGAAUUCCAAAAGAACAAAGAACUUGCGACUCGGGUGUAAAUUGCCCAAUACCCGGCGAAUGGAGUCCAUGGUCACUCUGGGGUUUAUGUAGUGCAAAAUGUGGAAAAGGCUUCCAGAGUAGGGUGCGGACCUGCACCAAUCCGAAGCCUCAGUUUGGAGGCCCGCCUUGUGAAGGAUUCGCAGAAGAGAGGCGUGAUUGUGAUGACUCAUUGUAUUGCAAAAUUGAUGGCGCCUGGGGUAGCUGGUUGCACUGGGAAAAAUGUGAUGCUAAAUGCGGAUUAGGAAUGAAGAGACGAUUUCGGAUGUGCGAUAGUCCCAUGCCACAAAAUGGCGGAGCUCCAUGUUUCGGAUACGACGCUGAAGAACUUAGUUGUGAUACGGGGAUAUCUUGCGAUCGUAUUGGAGGAAUGGGACAUUGGAUGGCGUGGAGCAAAUGCUCGGUGUCCUGUGACAAUGGUGUCCAGAUCCGUGAACGUUUGUGUAAUAAUCCGCCCCCGAGCUCGCCGGACCUUGGAUGCCUGGGUACCGCCAUUGACGAAAGGCCGUGUAGUUUGCAAGUCAAUUGUCCUGUCAAUGGCGGUUGGUCUCCGUGGGACCCUUACGGAAAGUGUAUUGCCGACUGUUCACAAGGCCCACAGAAUGCAGUCGGUUUCAAGACGCGGACCCGUUACUGUUCUAAUCCGGAGCCGGCAUUCGGCGGCCAAAAGUGUAUUGGCGUGUCUGAACAGGCUGUCCGCUGCUAUGACUUCCCGCCAUGUUUCAAACCAGACUGGUCUCUGUGGACAAAGUGGAGCAUGUGUUCUGCGAAGUGUGGACCUGGCGUCCAGGAGCGGACCCGUUAUUGUGUGGACCGUACCGAUGGCCAGCCUGAUAACAACUGUAUCGGGGAUGUACGGGAAGUUGUGCAGUGUCAAAUCGUCAGCUGCCCUACCUCGCCACUGAACUGUUCGACGGAGUGUAAGUGGGAUAACGGUAUCGGGUACGCUUCCUACCCCGGCGAAUGCUCCCUGUUCGUCCAGUGUGAUUCCCUUUACGGCACACCAAAGAUCCAGAAGUGUCCAUGGGGUCUUCUCUGGUCUCUCGAGAUGCUCCAGUGUGUUUUCCCACAUCAAUCAGAGUGCAACGCGUGUGCGGACAGACCAGGACACCUGCAUGCCUACCAGAUAUCAUGUCGGGGGUACUGGGACUGCACACAAUUGGUGCCCGUGCCCAAAUGUUGUCUACCGGGCGAGCGAUUCAACCCCUUCACAUUUGCCUGUGAACUCGAUGUGAAGGGACAAUGCAACGAUGAAUGCAACCCGUCAGACAAGGCACUAGAGCCAACUGUGUGUGAAUUCAAGGAGUCUAGCCUUGGAGGCAAAUGGUACGAACAAAAAAUCGGCAGCGUUUGGACGCCUCGGCCAUGCGGGGAUGGAACAAUUUACUCGCACGAGAACUGCGGAUGUAUAUACUUCUAUGACGGCAUCAGCCAAAAAGAUACCGUUUGUGAACCUGAUCUAUUACUGACCUUCGACACACUUCGAAAAGAUAUAAAACGUAAUGUAGGGCUGCGCGUUGAAAACGUCACCUACCUCGGUGAUGGAACGGCACAUUUCGACGGUACAGCAGCUAUUAACGAUAACAUUUUCUCCAACGCCGAGUGGGGAACAGACGUGUAUAUGUAUAUAAAAUUUAAGCCCGAAGGCAAAGGCCAGAAGCAGGGACUGCUACACAACUCUGGAUGCGGGCCGUCAGAUAUCGGUCCGUCGGUUUUUGUCGGCAUCGAUAGGGACCAUGAACUCUACGGGGCUGGCAACAUGAACAUGAAGUUCGCUGCAGUUCCAAUAAAGACGGAAUUUGAGUACGACUUUGUCAACAUAACCGUGCCGGACGGAGAAAUGAUAGAAGCGUGGUUCAAGUUCAGCCAUGGAGUAUUUGAAGCGCAAGUCAACGGACAGACAAUUCGCCUUGACAUACCUGACGCGACGUCCAUCGCUCGUCGGCACGGAGCAUUGAAUAUUGCCGGCAACCUGUGCCAGAUUGGAACCGAGGCUUAUGGUCCCUUCCUCGGAAUCGUAGAUGAGGUACGUGUAUACAAGUGCAAGCCACCACAGUUUUCCGAUCCGACCAACCCACCAAUCAAACCCAAGAUGCCACCAGUGAAGAUGCUACCAAAACCUCUACCAAAACGAACCCAUCGAUUUCAGCCGGCACCUUUUCCCAUUUGAUAAAAUAUUAACAUCUUUUUGAACUACUUAGCUGCUUUGUGAUACAAUAUUACUUUUUGAUUUUAACUUUGUACACACAUGUACGCGUAUAUAUGUACAUCUGGCAUGGGAAGGUUUAAGAGACCACGUAAAUACCAUGUUCGAAAAUCUGCCGCUUGUACAAGGUUGAAAUGUAAACCCGUUUGCUGUGUACAUUCACGUUAAUGGUUAAGCUCCUAAAACUGACAAGCAUUAACCCGAUGCUAUAGACACAUACAUAUAUUUUCAAAAAGUCCGUCUAUUGAGUAACAUUGUUAUUAUUAUUAUUUAUUAUUAUUAUUAUGAUUUUUUUUCCAUUUAACCAAUAAUUUAAUCAAACGACUCUGCCCUAUGUAAAACAAUUGUUAAGACCGAUUGAGUCAAAAGCGUUAAAACUAAAAUGAAAGUUACAUAAUUUUGUUCGCGAUGUAGAGGUUUAAUAUAUAUGGCUUUGUGCAGCUCCAAUUGUGGGUGAGAUAUAUGGCUACAUGUAUGUGUAGUUGUUAUUGAGAUAAAUGGAUAUGUGCAGCUGCGCUUGUGGUUGUAAUGAGGUAAAUGACAAUGUUGGAGUACAGUUACUGCUGCUGCUGUUAACCCAUUCGUACCAUUAUAUAUAUUUAAGCAUUUGUCAUUUUACAUCUCAUAUUAAAAGUCCUGUGAAACUA